AUUUUAUGCUAGUCACAAAAGAAACUGGGAUUGGAGACAUGUUCAAUAAAGGAGAGCUAGAAAAGGAUAUGUAAUAUUCCAAGAAAAUAGAGCUUUUAUGCCUAAAUUCCCUACAGGGAGUAGUGUGGUGCUUCUAAAUUGGCCGAGUAUGUGAUUACUCAACUCUGAAUUUCACUUUGCCAGCACUAAGCCUUUUAUCAACAGCUUUCUUCAAAUAGCAGAUGCUGAGAUGAAUGAGAUGCAAAAUAGAACCAUGAUCAGUACCUUCCCCUUCUUGAGCAAAACUGGAAUUGUAAAGGGUCAUGCUGACAAGUACCAUGAGAUUCACUCCUGGGUGAUAUCCUGCGCCAAAUUCCAGACACCAGUUCAUUUUAGGGAGGAGUGGGAAGGAGAUUUGCAUGUAUGACUUCACACAGACGCUCCAGCCCUGGAGCAUAUAAACAGCUGCAGAGUCACAGGUAUUACCCAGUACCGGGCCCAGCAGUUUCCAAAUAGGUCAAGACCAUGGCAGUCCUUAGCUCCACACUGCUGCCACUCAGGCUGUUUCUAUGCUUUGGACUGUUGUGUUCUUCGGCCAGCUCUGCAGAUGACAUUGACAGCUGCAUGCUCUUCAGUGAAGUCACCACCACUGACCAAGGCAUCAUGGCCAAUUCAGAUGUCUACGAAAGCAACACAAACUACACAGUGUGGGUUCCCGUGAAUGCCAACAUCACCUCUGUGGUCCUGCAAGCAGUGGAUGCGAACAACAACUCAGUAGGCCUCUGGGAAAAAGUAGAUGAGCUUUGCAACAACAGUGUCCUGUAUCACCUGGAAAACCCGAGUGACGAGCUCUUCACAGCAAGCUGGGUAUCUCCUAACUCCACGAACAUAACCACAAUCACGCUACAAGCCUUCACUAUUAAUUUCUAUGAUGUGGCUACAUUUUCUUCUCUGCAACUAGAAAGAAAAGGCACAACCACCUCCCAGAUCUCAACAACCAGGACAACCUCACAUCCAACCCCAACAACAAAACAUAUCUCCACAACAACAACCCCACACUCAACCCCAAUAACAAAACACAUCUCCACAACCAAGACAACCCCACACCCGAUCCCAAGAACAACCAACUUGGCCAACAGAACCUUCCUCUGCCCCAUCACAAGUGCCAUUCAGAUCCUCCUAGUCUUUCUCACCAGCAAACUCCUCUCCUAGAAGGAAGCUAGGAGAAUAAUUGGUCCUGCGCCCACUGCAUCCUCCUACGUUCAGUCUCAAGCCAGUGCUCUGAUAGGUGUGCAAAUGAAGACUCUACAUUCUCAAAUGUACAACUCUACUGCCACUGCUUUGGACCAAAAUAGAGACCUGGAGGUCACUUGGUGGAGAGGGUAGCUAGUCCACUCACUGGUGGGCUCAGGGCAUACAGAUGUUCAACUGGAUCUCUCAGAACAUUAAUUAGCCUUUUUGUUAACUACUUAGACCUGGUCUGGGUGUAACCCAGAAUUCCGACUCUUGGUAUCACAAGCUGACAGCCAAUUCCAUGGCCAGUGUAAACUUUUGUUCACUGUCAAAUAUUCCUCUACACCUGAGUCUCUGAGGGAUAAAAAAAAAAAAAAACAACCUUUCUUCACUUUCAAGAUGACCUCAGAUUUCUGACCAACCCCACUCAGGCUACACAGACCUUCUGUGUUUCAUGUCACCCAACAAGGGAAGGAAAAAAUGAUUAGCCUUGAUGUUAUUGGUCAUACCAGUAGUAUGUGAAGGGCUAGACAACAGGAAUGUACCAUGUCUGAGCAACCAACCAUAGGGAAAUAUUAUGGUAUAAAUACAUUAUUUCCUAUUUUUUACCAAAUAAGCUAUACUUCAAACAAGAAUAAUGAAUGUGUUAAAUUCAAGUAUGUCUUUAAUGAAUGAUUACUCUAACCUAAAGUACAACCUGGUGUCUAAUUUUAUUCAUGUAUGUGAACCUUUAAAAAAAUUAAAAGAAUAGUGGGAGUGUAUAUUUUCAAAGCCAGAUCUAAGGGUAGAGUUUUACCAAUUUUACUUUUCCUCAGUAUAAACUGGUCAUUUUUCCCCUAAUGGUAAUUCUCACUAAGAAAUGGGCAAAAUAUUUAGAGCACUCAUAAUACAAUGUAAAACUAACAGAAAAGUGUGAGAUUUCCAGUAAUAUCCUGGUAACAGUUUUAUUUUAAUAAUUAUGCUGAAUUCCAGGAUGCCAACAUCCAGGAACGAGUCUUCUUUGGGGGCAGGUUCUGUCAACUUCUUCUUCCCUGUGAAUAGGCCACACUUUCCUACGUGCAGGUCUUUAAUUUUUGUUAAGAACUGGAUGUGUUAAAGGUUAUAACAUGGUGGUUCUGGCAAUCGGGCUCAGCCUCCUCUCCAGGACACGCUGCUGCUUGUUGCUUUACUUUUCUCAACUAUUUCGUACAGACUGCAUUCCUUGUUGAGUGUGGUCAUUGACAUCGCUUUUCUGUUAUCUCAGUAGCAAGCCAGCUACCUGACAGAUUUUCUUAAAUUUCAAAAUUUAGCAGCUUCUUUCUUCAUUAAGCAUUCCUCUAAUAGCUGGAAGUUUUCUUUUCUUAGAUCCUAGACCGCUGAGAAAGUUCACUCUGACAGUCUUUACCAGCUUAAAGGUUGCUGCGGUGGAGCAACAGAUUCCUGGAGCUCCUCAUCCUGCCAUUUUCUAUGACAUCAUUUGGUAGCUGUUAUUAGUACUGCCAGGCACUGUGCUAAGCGCUUUGAGUGCAUCAUCCCAUUUAAUCGUCAGGACAAUCCUAGAAGAUAUAGCUGUUUUACAGAUGAGGACACUCAGGCAGAGACAGAGAAAUCAUUUGUCCAGAGUUGCUUAGUAAGUGGUGAGGCUGGGUUGACCAGGCUCUGACCAGGCUCUGACCACUUCAGAGCCUGCAGCAUUAACCAGGAUGCCUGAAGGGCCCCCUGCGUGGCUUCUGCAUCUCCCAGCAUCCCCCAGGAAAACCUGCCCCCCAGGGUCCUAUGAUAAGGACAGGGUACAGGUGUUACUCAUGGACACAAGCUCCAGCAGUGCUCCUCCACACCCACUCCCUGCUGCCACCUCUGAGAUAAGCUGCAGUGAGCCCUGACCCAAAAGCAAGGGACAAGCUUCAUAUUUAUCCAUCAUAGCUCAGCCUGGCUACAUCUCAGGUUCAGUGUAGAAGUUGGGACAACUAUUGGGGACUCAGUAAAAACACUCUCAAGCUGGAAACUUUGAGACUCAAAGAAAUCUGGGGAGCUGAAUGCAGACAAUGCAGCACAGAGGCAGUUACACAAGGCCAUUGGAUUCACAGGCAGGGAACAUAUGAAGUUCCAGCUCUGCUGCUCAGAAAGAAGGGGGACCUUCUGCCCCGGUUUCUCAUCUGUUCCAUACAGGGUUGGUCUAGGUGGCAUCUGAGCCCUCUUGUGGGUGGCUCUCCAUUUUGAUUUCUCUGUCACAUCCACACCUAGUUCUCAAAGUUGAGUCAGAAGUGGUAAGGCAGUGUGGCUCGAUGCCAUGUGUGAUUGAUGGGCAGAGGCUGCUGGGAGCCCUGUGGAGGAAGACGUGAAAGCCAGGCUCAGAGAGUGUCUGGGCGCCAGGAUGGCUUAGUCAGUUUAGUGUCUGCCUUCAGCUCAGGUUAUGAUCUCAGGUCCUGGGAUCGAGCCCCACAUUAGGCUCCCUGCUCAGUGGGGAGUCUUCGUCUCCUUCCCCCGCCAACUCAUGCUUUCUCUCUCUCUCAUUCUCUCUCUCAAAUAAAUAAAUCUUAAAGAAAAAAAGAAAAAAGAAACAGUGUCGUAUUCAACAAUGUUAUCUCCCCUGGGCUCAGGAGGCCACACUGAAGUGGCAGGGCUUCCUGGUAUCUGCCGUCCUUGCUCUUUCUUGAGAGAAUCCAGUGAGCGGCCAGCAGAACCAGAGUAAAGGGAUAGAUGAGUAUGGACAUUCACCAUCUAGGAACAGGCUAAUCCUGAUCCUCACUGAUGAGAAGGUGACCAACCACAAGGAAAACAGACAUAUAGGAUCUUCAAGGAAACCCACAGGGCUGCACCUGGUGCAGAGAAGAAAGAGGUGAACAAAAGAUGGACUAUUUCCACUCCCACACUCACUUACCCAACCUUGUUCUUCCACUUUUACAUUUUCUUGUUUGUGGCUUCAUGUUUUGUGAAAUUCAACGUGGGCUUAUCCUGAGUUGGAAACAGCAACUGUCCAUCCGUUGAAGGGAAGUGAGCUUCUGUGCUGAGGAAGUAGGAAAGGAAACUGCUGUCUUCCAAAUCCUGGUACCUUGAAGACCUUCACACAGCAGGAGGAGUCCGAACCCAGCUAGUGGUCCAGCUAUCACACCGACCGUGCAGAACAGGGAAAACGUUCACAACAGGCAGAACACGCAGAUGUCAUCUUACUAUCUAUCAACCUCCACAUUAGUUUUGAAAAUAAAUGUUUAAAAAUAUUAAUAAUGAAGUAAAAAAAACUUUAUUAUUUCACACAAGGGGCAGUUUGGCAAUUGUCUUAGAAAAUAAACUCUGGAAAAAAAAAAAGAAAAUAAACUCUGAAGCCAGA